GCCUCGAGACUGCGUGGGGCCGGGUCAGCUGGGCAAGCGGCGGCGCGCGGGUCCGCGGGAGGCGGCAGCGGCGGGUGAGGGCUCGGCCCGGGCGGGGAGGCCUCGGGGCCCGCCGGACGCCGUCGCCCCGAGCCUGUCCUGCGCUGUGGGAACUUUGUGCUUCAAGUUGCCCCUUGCCGGGUGCGGGUCCUGGGUGCACGCCGACUCUCGGGGCGGCCGGAGCCGGGAUCCCCCUGGGGCUGCCCAGCCCGCGAGCCACAGCCGAGCUUCCAGCAUCAGAUUGUGUUUCUCUUGACACUUGUCACCUUUGUUUCCACCGUCCCCCUCCACGGUGGACCUCCCGUGAGCGGAGACGUCCAAGACUGCAGGGAAAUACUGGGGAGAAAAGUGCCCCCGGAGGAGCAGAAAGAGUACCUCUACUUGCUGGCUUGUGAUGACUGACAUUUUCUCUGAGACGAUGGCCUGGACCAAAAUGAGAAGUACAUUUCCGUCGCCGAUCGCAAAGUAGCAGGCGACAGGCUGAGGACUGCCGGGCGAGCGAUGGAUCCCUGUGAAGAUCUGGAAGUGUCCGGUGGUAAAUCUCAGGACUCUAGGCGGAGGCAGCCUCAUGAACUUGAAGGACCACAGGCCAGCGGUCCUGAGGCGCUGGGGAAGGACUCUGCUGAGAUGUGGAGCCGGAAAUACCAGCUGCGGAGCAAAUGCGUGCAGACCAGCAACAGUGAACCACAAGAUCAAAACAGGGUUUCCAAAGACCUUAUAACGGUUGUCCAAGAAAUGAAAAAAUACUUUCCGUCAGAGAGACAGAGUAAACCAAGCACCCUGGAUGCUCUCAACUAUGCCCUUCGCUGCGUACACAGCGUGCAAGCAAACAGUGAGUUUUUCCAGAUUCUCAAUCAGAAUGGAGCGCCUCAAGCAGACGUGACCAUGUACAGUCUCGAGGAGCUGGCCGCUAUUGCUUCAGAGCACACUUCCAAAAACACAGAUACCUUCGUGGCAGUUUUUUCAUUUCUGUCUGGAAGGUUGGUGCACGUUUCUGAACAGGCUCCUUCGAUCCUGCACUGUAAGAAAGAGUUCUUAGAGUCCUCUCAUUUCGUUGAACUGCUCGCCCCUCAAGACGUGAGGGUGUUCUACACGCACACUGCCCACGCUCAGCUUCCUUUCUGGAACAACUGGACCCAAAGAGCAGCCUCACGCUAUGAAUUCGCUCCGGUGAAAUCCUUUUUCUGCAGGAUCCGUGGAGGUGAAGCCCGGGAGCUGAGGCAGCCUUACUGCCCGUUCCGGAUUAUCCCCUAUUUGAUUCAUGUGCACAGCUCGGCCCGCCUGGAGCCUGAGCCCUGCUGUCUCACACUGGUGGAGAAGAUUCAUUCUGGUUACGAAGCUCCUCGAAUCCCAGUGGAUAAAAGAAUUUUUACCACAACACACACCCCCGGGUGUGUUUUUCUUGAAAUAGAUGAAAGAGCAGUGCCUUUGCUGGGUUACCUACCUCAGGAUCUGAUUGGAACAUCCAUCCUAACAUACCUGCACCCGGAAGAUCGUUCUCUAAUGGUCGCCAUACACCAAAAAGUCUUGAAGUAUGCAGGCCAUCUUCCCUUUGAACAUUCACCCAUUAGAUUUUGUUCUCAAAAUGGGGAUUACAUUGUGUUGGAUUCCAGUUGGUCCAGCUUUGUGAACCCAUGGAGCCGGAAGGUUUCUUUCAUCAUCGGUCGGCAUAAAGUGCGAACAGUCACUUUCCCGGCGAUCACUGAGGCAGGAGGUUGCAAAGUGGAGACGGACACCAGAUUUCCUUCUUUACUCCUAGACCCGUUUCCUGACGUCCGCCGCCGCCGCCACCGCCGCAGCCAACACUUCAUGCCGAGCUUGACACCAUUUGAUGAAGGCGGCGAAUCCUUUGAGUUCUGUAGUUGGAGUCCACUAAAUGAGAAUGUUUUUGCCACCGGAAUAAAAAAGAUGAACAGUAAUGACAAAGACAUAACAGAAUUACAAGAACAAAUUCACAGGCUUCUCUUACAGCCCGUUCACGGGAGCGCAUCCAGUGGCUAUGGGAGCCUGGGGAGCAGCGGGUCUCAGGAGCAUCACCUCAGCAUCGCAUCUUCCAGUGAGUCCAGCGAGCCCUGCAUGGAGGAGGUGCAGAAGGCACCGUUGACUUUGCAGCAGGUCUAUGCCAGUGUAAACAAAAUCAAGAAUCUAGGCCAGCGGCUGUACAUCGAGUCAAGGGCCAAAUCACCAAAGAAGCAAGUGAUGGAGACCAGCCCGGGACAGCGUGGUGAUGAGCAGAAGACCUUUUCUUCCUUCCAGACAUUAAAAAAUAAUAGCAUGUACCCCGAGUCUUGUGAGGAUUUGAGAAGGUGUCAGCAUAGCCCAUCCUAUCAGCAGAUAAACUGUAUUGAUAGCGUUGUCAGGUACCUGAAGAGCUACAACAUUCCAGCUUUGAAGAGAAAGUGUAUCUCCUGUACAAAUACGACUUCCUCGUCCUCGGAAGAAGACGGAGAAAGCCACAGAGCAGAUGAUGUCCAAGCACUGCAAGUUGCUCUUACAUCACCAGCUGUUUCUCAGAUCCCAGCCGUGCCUACAUCAGAAAUGCCAGCUAAUGGACGGUCCACAGAUGCUGAAGGAGGAGCGCCACAGGCCCUGACCAAGGAGGCUCUGAGCCUGGACGUGAGGCAGUGCAGCUACAGCAGCACCGUUGUUCACAUGCCACCACUGGAGUCAGAAUUGAGUCCAGCAGAGCUUGGCACCCUGCCCUGUGAGCCCUGGACCCUCAGCACACACCCAGCUGCACUGGCCUCAGAACAGUUUAAACACACAGGGUUCACAAAAGCUGUGCUGUCAGCCCACACGCAGAAGGAAGAGCCGAGUUAUGUGGAUCAGUUCCGGGACAGGAUUCUGUCAUCGCCCUACGGCUCCUAUCUUCAGCAAGAAAGCAGGAGCAAAGCUACAUAUUCAGAUGUUCAAGGAGAUUCUGCUUCCAAGCCUACCCGAUCCGCUGGUUGCAGGAAGGGGAAGCACAGGCGUAAGAAGCUGCUCAUGUGGUCGGACAGCAAGGGCACUAAGGAUGGCUUCUGUCCCCACCUCGUAGGAGAGACCCAGGAUGGACAGCCCUGGUGCCCUUCCUCCACCUCCUCUCCUUAUGCCUCUAGCCCAUUGCUCCAGGCUGCAGUGGUGGUUCCCAGCCAGGCACCUUGCCUCGUCCAAGCCCUUCCCCUCCCAACCAUGACCUCCCUGGGGAGAGAACGUGCAGCCUCAGAAACUGCGUUGCAGAGUCUGCCUGAGCCACCUUUCCCCAAUGGCUUGCAGUCUUUCCCAGCUCUGCCCUCUGCUUGCUUAGAUACUUUUAUGAACAUCUUCCUGCAUGACCCCCCUAUGUGUCCUCUCUUGUUACCACCAUUCUCCCCAUAUCCAUUCUUGGGAGCAGCAGGCUCUUCUGAAAUACCUGCCUCGGUAUCAGCAGUGCCUCCAAAUCCAGGCCCACCAUCUUCAGCCAUCAGCCAAAGGAGCGGCGAGGGAAAGUGGGGGACCCAGAAUGAAGGGCACCCCCUCAUUAACUCAAAGAGCAGCUCCCCGCUCCAGCUCGACCUGCUGCAGGAGGACAGGCCCAGAUCCUGUGCAUCCCCAGAAGCUGAGUAUCAACCUGUCAGUCUCAACAGUGAGAAUAAGAACGAUCAUUUUACUACCAGUGAACUGUCUACAGUGUCACUGCAUGAGGCUUCUCCGCCGGGAGCUGGUUCUGCAGCAGCAGGAAGCAGUGGCAGCAGCAUAAACUUUGCUCCUAGUGAUUAUUCUUCUGAAAUCUUUCAAAAUGGGCAGCAGUCUCAGGAUGCACAGAAAAAAGAAACAUUUCCCAACUUAGCUGAAGAGUCCAUCUGCAGAAUGAUAGAACAAACACCUGAGUGCAUUCUGAUGACGUAUCAGGUGCCUGAGAGGGUUAAAGAAAUUGUACUGAAAGAAGACCUAGAAAACCUGGAAAGCAUGAGGCGGUGGCAGCCGCAGUUUUCUCACGGACAAAGGGAGGAGCUGGCCAAUGCGCGUUCCUGGAUUCAGAGCCAGACGAUCCCUCAGGAAAUAGACAUCCAGGGCUGUGUCACUUGCGAAAACGGAGAUUCAGCUGGUGAUGCUGCAGAAUCCUGUGGUCGGGAUCCAGCAGAAGCAGCAGCUGAGUGACUCUGAAGAUGCACCUGUACUCCCUCUCCAGGCCUGUGGGACAGCUAGACCUCCUUGUGAUUCUCUGUAAACCCCCGGGUCUUAAAUGACCAUGAAGUUAUCAUUGAAUAUUAAGCUUUUUCCUUCCUGAUUUUUUAACAGACAUCAUUUUCCUGAAGCAGACAUUGUAUAUAGACUCUUUUCCUUGUCUUUUUCCCCAAUGUAUUUAAACUGUCAAAUAGACUCUUUUUCUAGUUUGGCUGUCCUCUAAUGAGAUUGGAUGACCUCUAAAGAGGUAUGUGUCAAACUUUAUUUCAGAUGUCACCCCAAAUAAAUUACAGUUAGAAGUAUAGCUAGAGGACUUCCCUGGUGGUGCAGUGGUUAAGAAUCUGCCUGCCAAUGCAGGGGACACAGGUUCGAUCCCUGGUCUGGGAAGAUCCCACAUGCCGCGGAGCAACUAAGACCGUGCGCCACAACUACUGAGCCUGCGCUCUAGAGCCCGUGAGCCACAACUACUGAGCCCAUGCACCACAACUACUGAAGCCCACGCACCUAGAGCCCGUGCUCUGCAACAAGAGAAGCCACCGCAAUGAGAAGCCCGCGCACCACAACGAAGAGUAGCCCCUGCUCGCCACAACUAGAGAAAGCCCACGUGCAGCAAGAAGACCCAGUGCAGCCAAAAAUAAAGUAAAUAAAAUAAAUAAAUUUAUUUAAAGAAACCAAAGUAUAGCUAGAAAGAGCCCCAAACCUUAGCCUCAUUGAUUUUGUUCUGUUGUUACAUGAAUCAUUUCCCCCUGUUAGAGACUUCAAGAAAUCCCCACUAUGGGCCAUGUACCUUUCCUAACAGUGUCCAUAAAUACAGUGCCCUCACCUGGUCUUUGCACGGUGACACAUCCCUCCACAGUUAGGGUCUGACAUUCCAGUUUUCUCACAACGCAACACAGAUCACUUCAGCAUUGACCAGUAUGAAAAUGUAUUGUCCAUUGGUGUACCGGAAAUUCCUAGCUUUUAGGGUUGAAUUUUGACCUUCAUUUUUGUAGCCGCUUUUCCUUUUGAUUUUCUACCUUCCACUGAAAUUCUCAAAGUCUUGGUUAAAAAUGGAUCAGCUUAACAAUGAGCUUAUUCUUUGCGGGGGUUUAAAUUAGCUUUUGCAUGUGUAAUGUUAAAACAAAAGAGCUUCUAGCUCAGCCAGCUUCUGACUCUUUGAAAUUUUUAAAUAAUGAUUGCAAAAAGUCUUUAAAGUCAUGUAAGAGUUAAUGUUGUUCUUAUAUGCGUAUGUGUUUAAAUGUUGUCUUAUCAAAACCAGCAGUUAACUCUUUGUUUCCAACCAAUUUACACAAAAGAAUGUCUCUCAAUCCCUGCCAGAGGUCUGAUUGGCACUGCCUUCUUUUUGUCCUUAAAUAGGGGUAAGUGUUGCCCUUAAAUAGGGGUAAGGGACCUACGGGAGGUCUCUAGCCAAGAGGGUUGCAGAAUCUGCCACAAAUGAGGGCUUCCUGGGCCUGCUGAAGUUGUGUCUUUUAAGAAGUGACUGAGUUGUUUGCAUGAUAAGGGAGUCCCCUCUUCUUAGAGAAGUGAUGAUUCCUCCUCAAACUUGGAAUGACGUGCAGUUCACACCCAUGUAGAUCAGAAACAGGAAUAGAAGGAAAUGAAGGCUGGAAUAACCUUUUCUCUUUUAAAUAACAUGCAACAAACUAACUUACUUUUCUAUUGUUGUUGUUGUGUUUUUUUGUUGUUUUUUUUGUUUUAGGAAAACACUUCUUCCUUUCAAGUUUCAUAGUUUUUUAUAAAAUGCAUCCUGCUCCUAAUUAUGAGAAUCAACCUUUCUAUCCACAAUGCUGCUGGACUCUGAUUCUCAAGCCUCGUAGCUUAGAUUUACUUUCUAAAGUGGAACAGACGGCUCUCGAAUCUGCAGGGGAUUGGUUCCAGGACCCCCUCGCAGAUGCUAAAAUCCAUGGAUGCUCGAGCCCCUUCUAUAACGUGGUGGUGCAGUCAGCCCUCUGUACCCACGGAUCCGCGCCCAGGAUUCCACACCCCUCCCCGAUUCUCCCCACCAGGAAUACGGGGGGCCAACUCUAGCUUCCUAGAAGGUAAAUCUUUCUUCAGGGGUCAGAACCAUUUUCAAAUGAUGCCCGUGACAUUUCCUGGAAUUUUCUCACUUUAAGCUGUUCAUGCCCAUAUUCCUGUCUUAUGAAUAGAGAACUCUCCUAUUCUGCUCCAUCUCGAUUGUUAAAUGAUCUCUGAAGCCCUUGUUGUGUUGGUCCAGUUGUGUGGUAUUUUUGCCCUUGGUGAAAAAUCAAAUUUUACAAAAUGAACCAGCCUGGAUAUUGUCCAUCAGUAGAAUCGCUGUGACCUUCUGUAGUGAUAACCUUGUUAAUUUUUUUAAAUUAAAAAUGACAUGGGGCAAUCAGAGGACUGUUCUGCAUUUGUGAACAUGUUUUUUAAACCUGACCUUCUCUAAUAUAAGCCCUCUUUUCGAUUCUUCCUGGAUGUUUGUUUUAUCGACAUUUGCUUAUUUCUUUGCCUUACUACACGUUUAGGGUCAAUUUAAAAUUGGUGCUUGUUGUAAGCAGAUCUAUAAAACCAUUUGUAGUUUUGAUACUUUGAUAAGUCGCCGAAUCAUCAUGUUUAGAGUUUGGACCAUGAUGCUUCUACUGCUGAGGAUGAGCAGACAAGGUUCAGCAGUGCGGCUGCCGCCCCCCAGGGGGGCUCCCCCCAAGUUUAAACAGUUGUUCAAGUUUAUUAACUUUUUGUAUCGAUAACUAUAGAAAUUGGUAAUAAAAAUGUAUACUGUAGGCUUCAGUGUUUACAGAAAUGUUACCAAAAAGCUGUAUUUUCUUGGAUGAGAGGUCAGGAUUUAUGAACAACAGAAUGCGGUGCGAACGGAAUCGUUUUACAAUUAAGUGCAACUUCAGCAUAACUCACAAGGUAAAUUUAAUCCAAAUGGAAAUUUUCUUUUAACUGAGUUUAUAAUUAACUGUGAAUUUACUUGUUUUUAAUGGUUAUGAAUAUUUUAAUCGGGUAUCUUUUUUAAGCAAAAACAAUAAACGGUAUACAUGUAAAACUUGAGAAAUUUCUUGCACUGCAUCAACAAACCUUUGCCCUGAAUGUGUAUUUUAUAUCAUUGAGGAAUAUUUACUGAGAUUGAGAGACACUGCAGGGUGCUCACGUUAGGGUCACUCUGUGUCUGCGUCUCUGUCAUCUCUGCGUCCAAGGUCCUGCUCGGUGACAACACAGCAUUUAGUCCUCACUUCAGCACUGGGAGGAGCUUAUUGGGUUCUGAGCAAAUGUACAUGUUUUUUAAUACCAAUUUUUUUAUUUUUGGCUGUGUUGAGUCUUUGUUUCUCUAGUUGCAGUGAGUGGGGGCUACUCAUCGUUGCAGUGCACAGGCUUCUCAUUGCAGUGGCUUGUCUUGUAGCGGAGUGUGGGCUCUGGGCAUGCAGCUUCAGUAGUUGUGGCUCACGGGCUCUAGAGCGCAGGCUCGGUAGUUGUGGCUCGCGGGCUCUAGAGCGCAGGCUCAGUAGUUGUGGUACACGGGCUUAGUUGCUCCGCGGCAUGUGGGAUCUUCCCAGACCAGGGCUCGAACCCAUGUCCCCUGCGUUGGCAGGUGGAUUCUUAACCACUGCGCCACAAGGGAAGUCCCUUUAAUACUCAUUUUAAUGCCUCAUUUACAAAA